GAGUUCCAAAAACACUUCAAAGAGAGAUAUCUUUUUUUUUUCCCUUGCCAAAGAAAGAACAAACAAAAAAUCUUAGAGAGAGAGAGAAGUUAAUGGGAUUCGGCUUAGAGAACAUCAAACAAAUCUCCGGCGGGUGGGGCGCGGCGGCGCGUUCCUGUGACGCAUGUCAAUCAGUAUCCGCCGCCGUGUUCUGCCGAGUUGACUCAGCCUUCUUAUGCAUCGCUUGCGACACAAGAAUCCACUCCUUCACGCGCCACGAGCGCGUAUGGCUCUGCGAAGUCUGCGAGCAAGCUCCCGCCGCCGUCACCUGCAAAGCCGACGCCGCCUCCCUCUGCGUCUCCUGCGACUCCGACAUCCACUCCGCUAACCCGCUCGCUAGCCGCCACGAACGUGUCCCCGUCGAGUCUUUCCUCGAAACCGCCGUCGCUAAAAUCUCACCUUCCACGUUUGGGAUCCUCGCGUCGGAUUUAACCGCCGCUCCGGUUCUUGGCGAUGAACUCGGUUUGUGUCCGUUUUUGCUCCCUACCGAACCGGCUAAAACCGAGAUGAAACCUUCUGAGUUUCUCUUUUCUGAUUUCGAUAGACUCAUCGACUUCGAGUAUCCAAACUCUUUUAAUCAUAACAGCUCCGGAGCAGACAGCCUCGUACCCGUUCAGACCAAAACAGAGCCUGUUCCGUUGACUAAAAACGACCACUGCUUCGACAUAGACUUCUGCAGAUCAAAGCUCUCUGCUUUCACCUACCCAACUCAAUCAAACAACCAAAGUCUUUCGACUUCGUCUCUCGAAUACGGCGUCGUUCCCGACGGAAACACCUCGUCGGAAAUAUCGAUUCCGUUUAACCGGAGCACCACCACCACCACGAUCACAACCUCGACGGGGACCACCGGGGAUCAGACGAGCUCCAUGAACAGGGAGGCGAGGGUUUUGAGGUACAGAGAGAAGCGGAAGAACAGGAAGUUCGAGAAGACGAUCCGUUACGCUUCGAGGAAAGCUUACGCGGAGUCAAGGCCCAGGAUCAAGGGCCGGUUCGCGAAACGGACCGAAACUGAAAACGACGACGUUUUCUUAAGUCAUGUUUACGCUUCAGCUGCUCAGUACGGUGUCGUACCAACGUACUGAUGAUGAUGAUCUACGGUGGAAGUCGAUUUACCGUUUGGUGUAUUGGUAUUAUCAUAGUGAGUCUUACCAUAGACAAACAAUUUAUCCUUUUACCUUUUUUUUUACUGCCACUGUAAGACUGUAACUUUCCUCUCUGUUUAUGAAAUGCUUUAGUAAAACUUUUAUAAAAUAAUAAUAUAAUUUGGUAAUUAUAAUUUCUCUAUUGGCCGAUUUUGUCUUGUCGCUAUAUUUGUUAACGGGAGAGGAGAUUAGGUGGAGUUUGGCUUUUUUUAAUUGUUUACAUGUACCUCUCAAAUCCUUAUUAAGUAUUUUAUUUUAUAAUUAAU